AUGAAUAACCCAAAUUCCAGUUCCAAACCUUACAAGAAAAGAUCUUCCUAUGGUACUUCCAGAAAAUCAGCUAUGAAGAAGAGCUUUUCUCAAGAACAAGUUUGUUUUAGUGGGCCAGUUUCAAGCGACCCUGUAGUUGGAAUUGUUGGCGGGGGUAUGUCCGGCCUCGUUUGCGCUUUGUAUUUGGAGAAAAGAGGGAUUCGUUCUACUGUUUUUGAUACGGGUCUACAUGGGCUGGGAGGAAGAAUGGGAACAAGAGUUAUCGAUCCCGAGUCAUUGAUAUUUGACCAUGCAGCUCAAUUUUUCACUGUAAGUGAUCCUCGGUUUGCUGAACUAGUAGAGUUUUGGAUGAAAGAAGGUAUUGUGCAAGAAUGGCAGGGUACAAUCGGGGAGCUUGAAGCUGGUGGCCAUUUCAAACCUUUGCCCAGUUGUCCACCCAGAUACAUUGGUGUGAAUGGAAUGCGCCCACUUGCAGAGUCAAUUCUUUCUCAGACUCAAUUGGUUAAUGUGGUGCGACCUUGCUGGGUUAGUACGCUUGAGGCAUUUAAUGGAAUGUGGCACUUGAGCGAGAAAGGAAAACACUGCGGGCAGUUUGAUGCAGUUGUUAUUGCACACAAUGGAAAAUGUGCAAAUCGACUGCUUGCGUCAUCAGGUUUACCCCUCAUUGCAAGGCAAAUGAAGAGGCUCGGACUUAGUUCCAUUUGGGCUCUUCUUGCAGCAUUCAGAGAUCCUUUACCGAUUCCUACGACUGGAAUUACUUUGCCUUUUGAAGGAGCUUUUGUGAAAGGAGUUGAGUCCAUCUCAUGGAUGUCUGACAACUCAAAGAAACUGUUAUCUUCUCAUGGCAAUGGGCCACAUUGUUGGACAUUUCUGAGCACAGCGGCCUUUGGAAAACAAAACAAAGUUCCACAAGAAAGCAUUCCGAAUGCUACGGCUGAAAAGGUUAAGGAAGCUAUGCUUGCUGGUGUCGAGUGUGCUCUUGGAAUUCCUAAAAGCUCACUCCAGAAACCUACUUUUACUCGAUUGCAGUUAUGGGGUGCAGCUCUUCCUACGAAUUCUCCAAAUGUUCCAUGUAUAUUUGAUCCUCAUGGAAGGGCAGGCAUUUGUGGUGACUGGCUGUUGGGUUCUAGCAUGGAAGCUGCAGCUUUAAGUGGCAUGGCUCUUGCUGAUCAGAUUGCGGAUUACUUUCAAAAUGGUUGGAUGCGGCCAGACGAGUUUGCUGUUGGUUUAGGCAGUGAAUUCCAACCGCUUAAAGGACAUGAUAUUGGACAAUUUCCGGGAUUGCAGUCUGAGGAACAAGUAAAUGAUGCCCAGGCUAUUCAGCUUAUCUUAUGA